GUGGUUGAGAAACAUGGCAAGUAAACCAGGCAUUCUCAGUGAUUGGCCAUGGCAAUCCAUGGGAAACUUUAAGUAUGGUCUUCUGGUCCCUGGGGUGAUUUACAGCACCUACUCGUUCAUAACCUGCAAAGCAGAAAAUGAGAGGAACCUGUUCAUGUUCCUGAUUUUCCCAUUUCUGGUGUUUAGAUUGGUUCACUACCAACUAUGGAUUUCUUACUCUCGCUACCGAACUGCCAAAGGAAACAAUAGGAUUCUUGACAAGAGCAUUGACUUCGACCAAGUUGACAGAGAAAGGAGCUGGGAUGAUCAGAUUAUAUUGAAUGGAAUUUUGUUCUACGGGGCGGGCGUAGUCUUGAAAGAUCAAUUUAACAUGCCCUUCUUUAAAGCAGAUGGCACACUAAUCAUACUGCUACUUCACUGGGGUCCAGCUGAGUUCCUCUACUACUGGCUUCACCGAGCAUUGCACCAUCAUUACCUCUAUGCUUGCUAUCACUCCCAUCACCAUUCUUCCAUUGUCACCGAGCCCAACACCUCGUUUGUUCACCCAUUCGCAGAAGUACUUUCGUAUUAUGGGCUCCUUUUGAUACCGACAUUGACAUCGGUAUACAUUGGAAAAGCCAACAUCGUCGGAGUGUUUACUUAUGUUACUGUUAUUGAUUUCUUGAACAACAUGGGACACUGUAACUUCGAGUUCAUCCCCAAAUGGGCCUUCACCAUUUUCCCUCCUCUCAAAUAUAUUGUUUACACUCCUUCGUUUCACUCUCUACAUCACACUCAAUUUCGGACCAAUUACUCUCUUUUUUGUCCACUCUACGAUUAUGUCUAUGGCACCGUCGACAAGUCGACAGAUAGUGUGUAUGAAACUGCUCUAAAAAGAGAGGCAGAGUCACCGGACGUGGUUCAUCUGACUCAUCUAACCACGCCGGAUUCCAUCUACCAUCUUCCCCUUGGAUUCCCUUCCUUGUCCUCUAAGCCCCAAGCUUCUAAAUGGUACCUACUGUUUAUGUGGCCUGUCACCCUCUGGUCCGUGCUCUUGACUUGGAUUUUCGGCCAUGCCUUUAUUUCAGAAAGGAACACCUUUAAAAAACUCAAACUUCAAACUUGGGUUAUUCCCAAAUACAAUAUGCAAUAUUUCUCAAAAUGGCAAAGAGAAACCAUCAAUAAAUUGAUUGGAGAAGCCAUUCAAGAUGCAGAUAAGAAGGGAGCUAAGGUGCUCAGUUUAGGCCUUUUAAAUCAGCAUGAGGAGUUUAGCGGAAAUGUAGAGCUUUAUAUAAAAAAGAACCCUCAGCUUAAAAUCAAGGUUGUAGAUGGAAGCAGUUUAGCAGCAGCUAUUGUUCUAGACAGCAUGCCUAAAGAAACAGCCCAAGUACUCCUAAGAGGCAGAAUCUCUAAGGAUGCUUGUUUCUUGGUCCAAUCUUUAAGUCAAAAGGGUAUCAAGGUGGUGACAUCGCAAGAGGAUGAAUACAAGAAGCUGUUAAAGUUCGAUAAGAAACUUGAAAGUAAUUUGGUUCUUUCAAAAAGAUAUGAUGUCAAGGUAUGGUUGGUGGGAGAUGGUCUGACUGAUAAAGAACAGUCCAAGGCACCAAAAGGAACAUUAUUCAUUCCAUUUUCCACAUUCCCACCAAAGAAAGUUCGCAAAGAUUGCUACUAUCAUACUACACCAGCAAUGGAGGCUCCUAAAUCUCUGGAGAACAUGCACUCUUGUGAGGACUGGUUGAUGAGGAGGGUGACGAGUGCAAGCCGUGUGGCUGGGAUAAUUCAUGCUUCAGAAGGGUGGGAUGUGAACGAGUGUGGUGGCACCAUUUUUAGCAUCGAAAAAGUUUGGAAGGCUAGUCUUGAGCAUGGAUUUCGCCCCUUGACUUGUCAAUCUCCACUUAAUUAAAAUGUAGGCUUGUAUUAGGCCAUGGCUAGGAGAAAUCAUGCAGUCAUAAUAUAUGCUUAUGAGCUUUCAUCUUCCUUGUAUCUUAGAAAAGUUCUGGCAGGUUGGUUUCCUUGUGAAUGGGAAUAAUUUGCCUUGUAUUUGACUAGAUGUUUUAUUUUCCUUUUUCUGGUAGCCAGUAGGAUUUGGGUGCCUAAGAAUUCAGUAUUUAAGAUGAUCAAAAUAUAAUUUAAAGUUUUAAACUAAAGAUAGCGGACAAACUAAUCGAAUGCAUCUUCUGAACAUGGUCCUAGUUGAAGCUGAUCUGCAAGCUCUUGGAUAUCAAAUGCUUCACUCUUAGACUCUCUCCAUAUCCAGCUCUGUCAAACGUCAAAAUACAUACACCCAGCUCUGCCAUCACCUCCUACUUGACAAAACCAGCUAUGAUGAUCUUCAACAUCUUCACAAAUAUGUUCAAGCUAGACAUAUUUAUAUUCAAGUAUAAAUGAAACAUCUAUGUUCAAUCAAUGAAAGAAUUUUGUUUACAAUCAUGAGGAUUCUGAAGGAUUCAAAGGCCUAAAGCAAAGUAUAUAUGUUGUUGGACUAAUUUUGGACUGUAGUGGAUCAGGGGCUUAGAGACAAAAGUGCUCAGAUCUGCCAGGAUGUAGCCCAUGAGGCAAUAACUUUAAAUGGUUUUGACCCAAACACAAGUCUAAAAUAGA